GCAGCAUCUCGGUCACGCACAGGACAAUAAUCCCACCCCGCCCACGUGACCCACCCCCCUAAUCCACCAUGUCGCACGCCGCCCCCCAUCCCGGGCCCCAGGUAGAAGAAGCCAAAAAGCAACAACAAGAAGAAAAAGAAGAAGAAGAAGAAGGCGAUGAUGACAUCGAGACACUCGAUCUCUUCACCGAGCCCGCCGACUACUACCCACCGACCCCCCCACCCACCACCGAGACCUACACGCUCCUCAGCGGACGCACGCUCACGCUCCACCUCGUCGGGCACAAUCCUUUAUGGGCGCACCACCUAUGGAACGGCGGGCGGCUCAUCGCGCGCUAUCUCGAGCAGCAGCCAGCCCUGGUGCGCGACCGCACGGUGCUGGAGCUUGGGGCUGGCGCGGGCCUGCCGAGUCUGGUGAGCGGCGUGCUGGGCGCAAGGAAGGUCGUCGUGUCGGAUUAUCCGGAUGCGGAUCUGGUGCAGAACCUCUGGCGGAAUAUCGGCGCGUGUGAGGAGCUUUUGGAGGAGGUGGCGAAGGGCAGGGUCGUGGCGGAGGGGUAUUGCUGGGGUGCGGAUGUGCAAUCGUUGUUGGUGCAUUUGGGAGAGGGAGAGGGAGAGGAGGGACAAAGGGGGUUCGAGGUGUUGAUCUUGGCGGAUUUACUGUUUAAUCACUCGGAGCAUGGCAAGUUGAUCGAGACGAUCAAGAAAACGAUGGCGCGCACCGUGGACGCGCAAGCGUUAGUGUUCUUCACGCCGUAUAGACCGUGGUUAUUGGAUAAAGAUAUGGCUUUCUUCGAGGGCGUCAAAGAGGCCGGGUUCAAGGUGGAAAAGGUGCUGGAGGAGAAGAUGGACAAGGUUAUGUUUGAGGAGGAUAGGGGGGAUGAGGAGUUGAGGAGGACUGUUUUUGGGUAUGUGGUUAGGUGGGAUUUGUGA